UGGGAGGAGGAUGUAAGGUGUGUGUGGACAGUCCCGCUGUUGAAAAGGAGGGGAUACAGGAAAAGGAAAGGAAUCGUGUGCAGAACAGGACAUGGAGGAACGUGGGUCUCCUGAUGGAGACCCAGCGUGGAGCCUGGAGCAGGGCCCAGAAGGACCAGAAACCCCCAUUCAAGUGGUGAUCAGGGUGCGUCCCAUGAGCACGGCAGAGCUGCAUAGAGGGGAGCAGAGCGCUCUACACUGUUCAGGGACCCGGACUCUGCAGGUGAGACCCCCAGGUGGAGGCCCCGACAUGGCAUUCCGCUUCGGUGCGGUACUGGAUGGGGCGUGCACGCAGGAGGACGUGUUCAGAGCCUGCGGGGUGAAGCGCCUGGGCGAGCUGGCGCUGCAAGGUUUCUCCUGCACGGUCUUCACUUUUGGCCAGACAGGAUCGGGCAAGACUUACACUCUGACAGGACCCCCUCCGCAGGGGGAAGGGGUGCCCGUGCCCCGGAGCCUGACUGGCAUUAUGCAGAGGACCUUCGCCUGGCUGUUAGAUCGCGUGCAUCACCUGGGUUUCCCUGUCACCCUCCGAGCCUCCUAUCUGGAGAUCUACAAUGAGCAGGUUCGGGACUUGCUGAGCCUGGGGUCUACGCGGCCUCUGCCUGUUAGGUGGAGCAAGGCUCGAGGCUUCUAUGUGGAGCAGCUUCGGGUGGUGGAGUUUGGCAGUCUGGAGGCCCUGAUGGAGCUCCUGCAGAUGGGUCUCAGCCGCCGUCAGAGCUCCUCACAUACCCUGAACCAGGCCUCCAGCAGAAGCCAUGCCCUGCUCACGCUCUAUGUCAGCCGCCCAACUCCUCAACAGGUACCCCCUGUGGACCCUGGGGAACCUCCUGUUGGGGGCAAGCUGUGCUUUGUGGACCUGGCAGGCAGUGAGAAGGUGGCAGCAACAGGAUCCCGAGGGCAGCUGAUGCUCGAGGCCAAUAGUAUUAACCGCAGUCUAUUGGCACUGGGCCACUGCAUCUCCCUGCUGUUGGAUCCACAGAGGAAGCAGAGUCACAUUCCCUUCCGAGACAGCAAGCUCACCAAGUUGCUGGCAGACUCACUUGGGGGACGUGGGGUCACCCUUAUGGUUGCCUGCGUGUCUCCGUCAGCCCAGUGCCUUCCUGAGACUCUCAGCACCCUGCGAUAUGCAAGCCGAGCUCAGAGGGUCACCACCCGGCCACAGGGUCCCAAGUCCCCUGGAGCAAAGCCCCCCCAGCAAGGAGCAGCUGAGCUGCUGCAGCUCCAAGAGGAGAAUCGUCACUUGCGGUCCCAGCUGGAUCAAAUGCGGACUAAGGCACCAGGGAUCCAUGGGGCCCGGGUGGCCUGGGCCCAGCGGAACCUCUAUGGCAUGCUGCAGGAGUUUAUGCUGGAGAAUGAGAGGCUUAGGAAGGAAAUGAGACAGCUGCGGAGCAGUCGGGACCUGGCCCGGGCAGAGCAGCAAGUCCUGGCCCAGCAGGUCCAUGAACUGGAGAGGCACCUCCAUUCUGCUCCUGCCCUUCCCCAGCAGGGCUCUGCCCCCAUGUGCGCCUGCUCCAUGGGUCCAGCUGCGUCCUGCCGUGCACUGCCACCCUUCUGUCCCUGCUUUCAUCUCUGUCCUCUGUGCCGAGUAUCCCUGGCCCACUGGGCCUGCCCACGGAGGGAGUGCCAUGUGCCACAGGAACUAGGGCCCGAGGCCCCAGGUCACAUAUCUCUUUCUGCACGGCCCCCACCCUCAGCACCUCCACCAAGCCCCGGCUCUUCCAAGCCCCCACGAGAGAGGAGCCAUAGUGACUGGACACAGACACAAGUCCUGGCAGAGUUGCUGAUAGGGGAGGAGGUGGUACCGUCUGCACCACCCAUGCCCACUGGGUCCUCGAACCUGUCACCCAUGCUAAGAGGAGGAUCUGGGAUCCCGAACCUGACUCAGAAGCCAGAGGCCAUCACACACCUGAUCAGCAACUGCCUGAACCUCGGCCAGAGACAGUCAAAGCCCAGCGAGAUCAUGCAGGGCCCUAGCCAGGGCCUCUCUCCUAGUUAAAGACUGCCAGACUGGCUCUUCCACCAGGCCUGCAUCUCUGUGUUUGUGAAGGAGAAAGACAUGUUGCUGGCUAGAGCUGGGAAAUUCAAAGUUAGUAAGACCUCCCCUGCCCCGCCCAGACCUUGACCCUGAGACGGGGUUCAGAAGACACUGGCAGUGGGUGUGGGCAUCUGAAUAAAGGAAGAAAU